GUUUACCGGUUUCCACUUCCUGCGGGUGAGUGUGCUUCAUACUUCAUCCUGAGAUUUAGGGUAAGAGCAGGGCGUUGUCAGCUCUGCGUGCCUGUCAGAAGUUCAUCUGAAAGAAAACUUCAUCUGAAGCCCUCUGCUCGCUAGAACCAUGUCGAGUCGGAAGACCAAAGGCAGGGGCCCCACGAAGAAACGGGCCCAGCGAGCCACAUCCAAUGUGUUCGCUAUGUUUGACCAAGCGCAGAUACAGGAGUUCAAAGAAGCGUUUAACAUGAUUGACCAGAACAGGGACGGCUUCAUCGACAAGGAGGACUUGCACGAUAUGCUGGCCUCACUCGGCAAGGACCCAGCGGACCCGUACUUGGACAGCAUGAUGAACGAAGCUCCGGGCCCGAUCAAUUUUACGAUGUUCCUGACCCUUUUCGGGGAGCGGCUGCAAGGAACAGACCCUGAGGAUGUCAUCAAGAAUGCUUUCGCUUGCUUCGACGAAGAGAACGUCGGCCGCAUACACGAGGAACGGCUUCGCGAGCUUCUGACCAGCAUGGGCGACCGCUUCACCGACGAAGAUGUUGAUGAAAUGUUUCGUGAAGCACCUAUAGACAAGAACGGAAUGUUCAAUUACUUGGAAUUCACACGCAUCUUGAAACAUGGUGCCAAGGAGAACGAUGACCAGUGAAUGCAUAUUUUUGUAUCCUUUUAUAUUGAAUAAAGAAAGCACUCUAUUGUUCCUCUUUCA